AUGGACACCUCAGUCUACCUCCACCAGUACCCGAGAACUGCGGUUGCGGCCUCGUUUUUUGAAUUGGCCUGCUAUACUGGCGUUGGCGAUCAAGACAUUGUGAAAACACUGGAGGAGGGCCAUGCUAAGUUAGUUAUUCUUCCCGUCUCUGAAAUUGACACCGUUAAACCCUUUCCGGAGACCCAGCUGUCCAUCAAGAAGCACCACUACGACCAAUUCCUUGUGGAAUACUCAUACACGGGCACUGAGGCCAAUGAAUUCGACGACGCGAUGAGAUAUAUUCUAGUCCGCAACACUCCGGCUGGGUUGGCCUCCCUUACGGCCGAGAUCGACUAUGCCAUGGCGACUGUGCUCCAGCUCGCGCCCAAUUCCUGGACCCGACUGAAACCGCAGUCGAUCAUGCCCAAGGUUGCCACGAUCCUGUCUGGCCACGCCUUUGUCGGGCUGCCGCUCAGUCAAGAAGAAGAUUGGAUCGAGUCGAACGUCAAUUACACUCAGGACGUCUCUCGCGUCUUGAUGGUUUUACGCUUCUACCCGCACUGGAUUCGACCGUUGGUGGCGCCGUUUCUGCGCGAGGUCAAGGCCCGCGUGCAGUCCAAAGCGCUCAUCGGCAGGAAGAUUGAAAAAAUAUCUCGCGAUCGAGAGCAGCAGAAGCCGUCCUCCACAAAAGAGAAGAUCCCUGGUGGGGACAUGAUCGCCUGGUUUGAGUCGCAGUAUCAGGGGAAACCAGCCACGGCCAAGCAGCUCACGCGCGAUCAACUGCUUGCCACAGUAAAUUAUAAAGAUGGCGCUAUGAGAAAUCCGGAAUAA